CUUGUAACCUUUGCUCAUGAUAGUUCUCAUUGCCAACCUUAGUUAUGUUUAAUCGAAAUAGUAAAAGAAGAUACGAAGUCCGGACCUAUAGCAAUGAGGUCCAGUCUUAUGGGGAAAGUAGCUCCAAACUUUUUGCUGGUUAUUUGUGGUUGAACAGACCGCACAAGAAACAGAAAUGGAAGAGAGUUUUUACCUGUCUGUACAGUUCCCCGGCCCUGACCUAUCUCGUUUGGUGGGCCAACAAACACGAAAACCAGAUCAGAGGAUUCCUGCUGCUCAACGACUACGACGUUGUUCACUACUUGGCAAACAGCAUCUGUAUCAAACCUAAUUGCAACUUAAGGGUUCAGAUAAUUCUGAAGGCGGAUAAUGCUAAAGACACUAAUGAUUGGAUUACUCACCUCCGACGAUACUCAACUAGAAACAAGACAGUUCAGCACUUGAAUCACAGCAAACGCUCCUCUUUGACGGACGAAGAAGAAAGCUGCUGCGACGAAACUAACCGACACUAUAGCUCCAAUAACAGCAUACCCUGUAUGCAACACAGCACCCAACUGGAAGGGGAAAAACUGGACAGGUUGAAAGUUUUGAUCCACUGGACAUAUCUCUACAACGGGAUCAUCAGUAGACAAGAUACCAUGGACUCUUACUAAGAAGCCACUUUCUUUAUGGAAAUGUUAGAACUCGAAUCUAGUGACUAGGACUGAAAAUACACCCAGGUAUAAUUCACACACUUAAAAUUUAUAUGAUGUGCCAAGUGUUUUCGGGAAAAAAUGUAAUCGAUAUAAUUGUAAUGGAUGAUUUGUUAAAAAGGACGACGAUAUUGAGGCGAGAGUAGAAUUUUAAAUCUCACAUAAAAUCUGAUUAAAACGUGUUUGCAACCAUUAUCAGUUCCAAAUCUUCAAAAUCGAUCAAAAAGCAUCGUGACCCCUCGCUGCUAUUUGAACUCGGCCCACCAAACCCAAUUUUUCAGGCCCCCAGAUUUGGAGUUGAUAACCUUGAUUUAUUUGUAGACUUAGCAGUUAGCAGUAAUUACUGGUGAUGGGGCGGCGGCAGAGCUCGAUGUUCAGCCAAAUUGGCGGGAUAUGUCGGCAAAAGGACCCGGUUGUGAGCUUUCCUCUCACAGUGGGCACUUCCGGUGUUCUUCCGUGCACUUCGACUCUGCUGUUAGACCCUGUAAUUAGCAAUCUAUGUAUACGUACAUCGGUGUAGUUAACAUCAUCUCCAGGACCAGCGUUCUAGCUAUCAAGAUCUUAUCUACAUGGAUGAUAUCCUGAGAUAACAUCUUGAGAAACAUUGUCUUGAUAUGAUACCUUGGCUAGUACCUGGUUUUUGGAGAUGUUGAGCAGAUUAGCGCUACAACAAUUUACCACAUGAUGUUUAGUUGUCAUGUUGACUGUACCGCAAAUACCACCUGGUACGCACGCCUCCAAUUAUCUUGAUACAUAGCGCUAAUCUGCUCAAACCAGCACAGGCCUGUGCUACUUUUCUUUUUCUUUAAAUAAUUAGUAUCUAUCAGAUUAUGAUAUGAAGUAAAUAUUCAGGAAGACCCUCUCUGUUAAAAUUCGGUGAAACUGAGCUUUAAAAUGUUGUUCAUACACACUCACUGUCCUCCUCGGCGUCAGGAGAGGAUAUGUUAGUCGCUAGAGUUUAGAGCUGUGUACAAACAGUGUUAAGUUUAUUUGUAUGUAAGUGUAGUAUGCAGUGCCGACACACGCGUUUGUGCUGGCUGUGCACUGGUCGAGAGUUAGAUGGUAGCCUGGUAGCCUGGUUACCUGGCAACGGGGUGUCUCGAGUUUCUGUAUAAUCAGGCUUUAUAUCCACGACUAUCACAAUUGAUAAUGGCACGCUCUCCGUGUAAAGCCUCUUUUACAUAUUUAGUCUCGCCUAUUCCGCUUCUUGGUAUUCUCAAUUCUAAGAAUCCUGAUAAAGAAUUCCCGUCUUGUUAGCACAUGCAUUAUUCAAAUCUGACUUAUUACCAUACUAAACUGGCCCCAAUAAAUUCCUUGACAUCCCUCCAUCUGACAUGCACGUGAUCAAAUUCCUAAUUCCUCACUCCUACGCUCGUUCUAUUAGCUACAAGCUAAUCCUCGUCUAAAAAUGUCCCAUCUCCUUCUACAUGUCUGUUAAAAUGCCCCUCUCUCUCCUCCCUCCCUCUCUCCCCCCUCCUCUCUCUCUCUCUCUCCUACCCAAAUGCCAGACACCCGGAUACCAGACUCCCGACCUCUCUCUCUCGACUCAGCGGUGACGGAUCAGUAUUAUUAAACUUAUUGACAAGUCAACGUUUAUAGUAAUUGUUUAGCUGUUGUUGUGGCUCGCAGGAAACAGUGCGGUGUUAUGAAUGUGUGCAUGUAUAAUAAACUACACGCGCGUGGUGUGCGUGUAGCCCAGCUCGCAGCUCAGCUGACGACUGACGUGAGUUAACACUGUGCUACACACACACACACGUACGAUUUUCUUUCCCACAAGGCUUACACAUAAAAUGUUUUGUGUUAUAGGUUGUGAGAAAUGAAGGUAAAUGAAACCUGCGCUUUUUAAGUGCAUGUCAGAAAUUGGUAAGAGGUUUUAUGGUAAUUGCUCUAAUUACUGUUGGUAAUUGCUCUAAUUGCUGUAUUUACUCUUGGGCAUGGAAUGUGUUUGAAUUCGGCUAGGCCUUUCUGGCUGUUUUUCUACACAUCAAACAUUCAAGGCUUUGGCACUGCAGCGCCAAAACAUUAAUUUCCUGAUUGCACCUCCGAUCCCAGUCAAUUGACAGACUUUGCCAACAAAUAUUUCGCGGAGUAAUUAAGUAUCCGCGGAUAUUUGUCUCCGUAGAUUCUAAAAUAUAGCUGGCAGUAAAUUUGGGAAAUUUAUCGUGUUCAGUCAGCUCAGUAAUUUUUCUGGGCUCGUUUGGAAAACUAAUUCUAUAACACCGCUAAGAAACCUGUAAAGUCACAGGAAUAGUCAUCUUAUCUUUCUAGGGCAAAUUUUCUUCUUUAUCUAGGAUACAAAUCUUUAUCGAAUAUUAUAAUAUGCUUAAUACUAAAAAUUUUAAUUAUCUAUAUAAUAUUUAAUUAAUAUAUAUUAGUGUACUUGAAAUCGUUUGUCGUGUUCAACGUAUUUUUUGAUCAUCCUGAUCCUGAUGUUACUAUUGAUAUUGAACCUUAAUUAUGAUUAUAUAAUAAUAUAAUAAUACUCUACUCUAAUUUUCAUGGAAUUAGAUUAUAUUAGAAAUGUUCUUUGAUUGGCCAACGUAAUGGUAACCCGAUAUCGCAUUUCAAGACUGGUUGCCGAGGAGAAUCAAGUAUGCCUUUUUCCGUUAAUUUGGCAUAUUAAAUGCAAUAUUAACAAUAUAUGCAAUUAAUAAAUUGAAUUAUUCAAAUUAUUUGACUCAUUCAACUUUGAAAAAGUAGCAAAUAUAGAUUAUAGAGGUAACAUAGUUGGUAGUUAGUAGUGUUAGACUUUGUGAUGACUCCAAAAUGUGUGUUUAGCAAGCUAGGACUAUUUUAGCAAAUUAGUUUAUGUGUUUAAUUUUCAAAAUGUCGCGCACAUUUUAUUUCAAUAAUGAUAGGCAAAAUUAUGAUAGGUCACAAGUUUGACCCUUGUCUCAGUAGGAUUAAAAUAGGUUAGUUAAGAUUGAUAUUAUUUUGUACUCUAUGUUAGCGUUUGAAAAUGAUACUUCUGGAGGACAAAUUGACUGCGGGAAUCUUAAGAAUGCCCUAUUUAAACUUCUAAUUCCUCGUUCUGAUACCUGUAGUAUCUUUCUAAAACAGGGUAUUUUUAGAUUUCUGGAAUGUUUCUCUUUACGUUAAUAUUAUAUAAAAGAAUUUGUAGAAGAAGACACGCUUAAUUAAUGUAAUAUGUGGAUCUUCUUAUAAAACUAGAAAAUUAUAUUAUAGUCAUGGAUAUGUGCUAUACGGUUUAGCUAUAACAUUGUUAUAGUGAUAUAUUUGAAAUUCCUCAAUGUUUGAAUCCCUCAGAAUGAACAAUUGGUGCCUUUAACCCAUGGAAUUUGAUCUUAAUAUUUGGGAUGGAUGACUCCGAGUCAUCAAAUCAAUUCGCUACCAAUUAUUAGUCCAGAUUUAACGAAUGUUGUUGCUAGAAUGAUAUGUUAAUUUUAAAUUGUCAGAAUUAUAUGAAUCAACAGGAAUGCUUCAGAAUACCAUAAACAAUCACUUUGUUCACCACACAAAUCACUGUCACAAAGACACACUUUAAUGGUACCAGUUUCAUUUGAUUGAACAUAGGCGACCAUCCCUUUACUCGCACAUGGUUGAAACUUUACGACAUUUUACGUCUGGACCAAGAAACAUAUUAUCAACAUAUCAACAUACAUAUUUGCAUAUUUUUUGCAUAUGAUUUGCAUAUUAUUUGCACAUUAUUUGCACAUUAUCAUCACCUUCAUCUUUCACUCACCCUCACCAUCGUUAGGAAUGUUUUCACGAAAAUUCUAAUCGCACUGCUUUUAGGCUCCGGGUAGGUUCGUAAUUAAUUUUAAUUUUUUAAUCAGCUUAAGUUAUUUAUGGGGGCAGUCUGAAAACGGCACAGAAAGGCUUUGUGAGAACAAGCUCACUGCAAUUUAAAACACGAUUGGCAUUUUUCUUCAGUGCCAGAUGGAUUUAUGGUAUGACUUUUGCAUUAGGUCACGACCUUAACGUGGCUUCAACUCCUACAAACUUGGGAAGCUUUCAAGACAGCAGAAAUGUUAUGCAGCUCUGAAUUCUGACCUUACAGAUCAAAGAAUUUCUCAUAACAUCAUAGCCAAUUUCUGUGCCGUUACCUGCCGCCCAAUAGUUAAUUAAUAAUUGAUACAAGAGUGUACAUAUAUGAUAGAGAUUGUCAUGCAAAAUAUUUCCACCAAAAAGUUUGUUAAUGAAAGAGCGUUGAACCACGGGACCCGAUCAGACACUCUUUGUAACCCCUAAAUGACAGCGUACAAACUAUAUUAUAUCUAGUUUUUGUCUACCUUUUCAUCAGCUAAUUGGUGUAGAAUGUUCGAGAGGGUACACAGAAAGAGCUGUCUGAAUCGUCCCGGUCACCAAUGUCUCGUAACAGAAACGGUUCUCUUUUUCAUGAUAUCAACGUCUCCAAGUGAAUAAAAGUUAACUUUCAAUCGACACUCUGAGAUAUAUUAAGACCGGUUGGUUGGUGAAACGUACACACACGGCCACCACACAGACGCGUAUAUAUAAUUCCAAGAAAUUGGUAAAAUUUCUUAUCCCCACAAUUCUACAGUACGGCUGUUUCCUAGGCCCUGGUUUGUUAGGCCACGGUUUACGUUAAUGUACAUCCGUCUUAUCCUCGAGACAAAGGUAUACGUUGCGUAUUGGCGAAGAAAAAGAUUGUUCUAGAAGUUGUCAAGUCUAGCCGAGGUCUACUGCUGUGGAGAUACUUGUGCAACGGGCACAGUUAGGUACCAUGCAAUACCAUGACAUAAUGGUUAUGUAUUCUCUCAUUAAAGCGAUCAUGUAUGCUCUCCACUCCCCGCAAUAAUUCAAAGUAUGCACACUCCCUGAUAACAACAUGGAUUAUAUUCUUCAUAAUUACACUUAAUAAUACACUGAUAUCUCACUUUCGUGACACACGUGUACCAGGACUGUUGUCAGUAGAUUUUAAUAGCUUCUGCUCCUUUGAUCAUGUCCUAAUUGCUAGUCGAGAUAUCAAUGUACCUGUGUCCUAAGAUAUCCUUUGAUCAUAACGUAAUUCCAACUUAAGAUAUCGAGAGCUGCACCUAAAAUGACCUUGAACGGCCUUUGAUCAGUUAGCGAUCGUUAUGGGUCUUUAAAAGUAUUCCCUAUCUUGCAAUGAUUAUCAUUCAUUCCUCUGAUCUUAUUUUUCAGACUAAUGAUUGAUGAAGAAUAAAGUUGCAUACUGUAGCGGUAGACCCCAAAGGUUCAUCAAUUCGUAUGGCCGUUGCCGACCAAUGCUAAUAUUUGAUUCUAAAUAUAGCGAGUUCAUUAGCGAAUUCUUACUCAAAGUUGUAUUUCGCACAAGUUGAUGAAUAAAGUCCACCGACCACGAGGAUCCCAUGAUUUUGAUUAAAGAAUACCCGUACUGUAACCAGACCUUUAUAAAAACAAGACCUAUAAAAUAAUCUGGAAUAUGGCCAAGUGCCGUAAAUUGUGUGCCCAACCACCAACCGGUCUUAAUAAUCUCGAGAUUAGAAAUGAUGAGAAUCUUUGAUAAAUUUUUGAAGUUGCGUGAAAUUGUUUGUUUGUUUAAACGUUAAAACCCACCAAA